UAAAUAACACUUUCCUUCAAAUUUCUUAACAAAAACUCAAAAAUAAAUCUCAAAAAGACUUCCUCCCUCCCAGAAAACCAGAAACCUCUUCUCAAAAAACCCCAAGAUCUCAAUUAUGGAGCCUCUUGGAUAGAUACGCCCACCACCCCCCCGACACAGCGCCAUUUUGGGGCACAGACUGGCCGAAAUUACGGCCAUUUGACCGACAUUUGCCGCAGAUCUGCCGCCUCCUGCCGCCUGCCGCCUCUGCUAUAAAAAGUGGCGCGGAGAGCCCCGGAGGCGAGCUCUCGUCGUGGUGAGUUGGCGGCAAUGGCGGCGCUGGACGCGAGCGGGAGGCAAGACCUAGAGCAGUCCGGCUGCCGAGAGGCCGAGAGGGAGAGGCCACAGGGCGAGAGUAGAGUGGUGCUGCUCUAACACUAACCUGGCUGGGGGAGAGCGGCAAAGUCACCACCAAGUGGCCUGUAACAAAGUGGCAGAAAUGUUGCCGUUCUGCCGGCGUCGACGCAGCAGCAGCAGAAGCAGCAGCAGCAGCAGCCACAGCUGCAAGCGACGUCGGCAGGUGCGUUUCCAGCCGCCCGGAGACCGCUCAGUCUCGUUUUGGCAGCCAAGCCGCUCACGACGUCGCUGGCGGAGAACCCCCCCCAAGUACCAAGUAGAGUGUGAAAAGCUGGGAGAGUCUUAGGGAGUGUGCCAAUAUCCGAAAUCUGUGAAGAGUUCCUCGAAGUUUAUUUUUUUUGUGAAGUGUCUCUGAGAGAAGAAAGACUCGGGAAGAAAGAGUAUCAUUUGUGGAGUGCUUGUAGACUGGCUAUGAAAGACUCGAUGAGCAUUCUAACCCAAACGCCCAGCGAAACGCCCGCGGCCCACAGCCAGCUGCACCAUCAUCUCAGUCACCACCACCAUCCGGCGCUGCACCACCACCCGGCCCUGCAGCACCACUACAGCCUGCAGCAGCAGCAUCAGCAACAGCAGCAGCAGCAUCAGCAGCCACCAGCACCACCGGCGGCAGCCACAACCACGGUGGUCAACAUGUCCGGCAGCACCACCACGGCGGCUAAUCUGAAGCCCAACCGAUCCCGCUUCAUGAUCAACGACAUCCUGGCGGGCAGUGCCGCGGCCGCCUUCUACAAGCAACAGCAGCAGCACCACCACCACCACCACCAGAGCCACCACAAUAACAACAAUCACUCUGGUGGCUCGAGUGGCGGCAGCAGUCCCACCCACCACAACAACAACAACGGCGAGGGAUUUGAGCCACCGAGUGGAGGAGCUGGAGCAGGAGCAGGAGCAGCUGCCCCACCACCACCGCUGCACCACCUCCACCCGCAAUCGCAUCCCCAUCCGCAUCCGCAUCCGCACUCACACCCACAUCCGCACGCCCUGGUGCAUCCGCACGCCAAGCUGGCCGCGGGCGGUGGCGCCGCCAACGGUCUGAAUGUGGCACAGUACGCGGCGGCCAUGCAACAGCACUAUGCCGCCGCCGCCGCAGCAGCAGCGGCCCGAAACAGUGCAGCAGCAGCCGCCGCGGCAGCCGCAGCAGCAGCAUCAGCCGCCGCCGCCGGAGGAGGAGGAGGAGGAGGUGGCCUGGGUGUGGGUGGUGCGCCGGCGGGAGCGGAGCUGGACGACAGCAGCGACUAUCACGAGGAGAACGAGGACUGCGACAGCGACGAGGGCGGCAGCGCGGGAGGCGGCGGGGGAGGCAGCAACCACAUGGACGAUCACAGCGUUUGUAGCAAUGGCGGCAAGGACGAUGACGGAAACAGCAUCAAGAGCGGCUCCACCAGCGACAUGAGCGGGCUGAGCAAGAAGCAGAGGAAGGCCAGGACCGCCUUCACCGACCACCAGCUGCAGACUCUGGAGAAGUCCUUCGAGCGGCAGAAGUACCUCAGUGUCCAGGAGCGCCAGGAGCUGGCCCACAAGCUGGACUUGAGCGACUGCCAGGUGAAGACCUGGUACCAGAACAGGAGAACCAAAUGGAAGCGACAGACUGCUGUCGGGCUGGAACUCCUCGCCGAGGCCGGAAACUUCGCCGCCUUCCAGCGGCUCUACGGCGGAUCCCCCUACUUGGGCGCCUGGCCGUACGCGGCUGCUGCCGGUGCUGGGGCCGCUGCUGCCGCCGCCCACGGUGCCACGCCCCACACCAGCAUCGACAUCUACUACCGCCAAGCGGCCGCCGCCGCCGCCAUGCAGAAGCCCCUGCCCUACAACCUCUACGCCGGAGUGCCCAACGUGGGCGUGGGCGUGGGCGUCGGCGUCGGCCCAGCCCCCUUCUCGCACCUCUCCGCCUCCAGUUCGCUGUCCUCGCUGAGCAGCUACUACCAGAGCGCCGCUGCCGCCGCGGCUGCCGCGAAUCCGGGCGGACCUCCGCCCCCACCCCCGCCCUCGUCGACGGCGGCGGCUACCGGCGGCUCUCCAUCGCCCAUCGGGGGACUGAUCAAGCCGCUGGCCGGCAGCCCCACCGGCGGUAUGCCCCCGCACCACCCCUCCCGUCCCGACUCCGCCUCGCCGCCGCUGCCCCUGCCGCUGGCACGCCCCCCCUCCACACCAAGUCCCACCCUGAACCCGGGCAGUCCGCCGGGCCGCUCGGUGGACAGUUGUUCGCAGGCCCAGUCGGAUGACGAGGAUCAGAUCCAGGUGUGAGCGAGAGGCAGGAUCUAGAGAGUGUGUGUGUGUGUGUGUGUGGAAACAGUGUUGGAAAACCCCCCAAAAGCACAAUAUCUUUAUUUCGAAAAAAAGCAUUUAUUUUAAAAGCAACUUUAAAAAGCACAAAAAAAUACAGUUUUUAGCGAAAAUAAAUUCAGGAUGUGUGCUAGUGUGUGUGUGUUGUGUAUAUAAGCCCUGUAUUAGUGUGUGUGCGUGUCUGCUUCUUAACUUAUUUUUUAGUCGCGCUUAGUAACUUAUUGGAAGUGCUUCUGGAAGCUCAAAAACAACAUUUUUUUGUCUAAAACAUAAUAAUAAUAUUAUAAUCAUGAUAAAUGGAAAAUAAUUAAUAAUAUUUAUUUAGAUGUUGUAUGUGAACACUAUCAGCCAAAAAAAAAGUAACAAAACUCUGUAUAGUUAAGGCCUAACCACAAAAUGUAUUAUCUUCAUUAAUAUUAAUUUUAAAUACUAUUAUAUACAUAUAUAUUUUUUUUUUUUUAAAUAGAUACUAGCCUAGACGUUAUAACUGUAACUGUAUAAUGUAAAGUAUAUCCUUUUUUUGUCUAUGUUAGCAACCACACGUAUUUUUUUGUCUAAAUAAAAAAAAAAUAAAUAACAAUAAUUAUAUA